UCUACCACUCCAUGGAACGAUGCAGCGGAGUAUGUGGAUUACGUCAUAGCCUCCCUCCGUUUUCUUUCGACACCUUCGUCCGUUUUCUUCACCGCCCGUGCGACCCUGCAUCCCUUGCUGCCACACGGAUUAUGUUUGGGGUGUUAAUGGCGCUGGAUGUGGUGCAAGAACGCGGUAUGAGUGUGGCGGACAUAAAGUGGGGGGACUCAACUAAAUGUCGAUUUCCCUUGCUGGAGGUGUUGCAUCCUCUGCCGCUUCCGUAUAUGGUUCUCUUGUACGCCGUGAUGUUUAUUUGCUCCGUCAUGAUGUGCCUCGGCCUGAAGUGGCGCGCUUCCUGCAGUGUCUUCGUGGCUUCCUACUGGUACUUGUUCCUCCUGGACAAAUCCUCGUGGAACAACCACUCCUAUCUGUACGGUCUCCUGUCGUCCAUUCUGCUGCUGUCUGAUCCUCAUCGAUGCUGGUCCUUAGACGGAACAACGAAGCCAGGCCUCCGCGACAGCCACGUCCCCUUCUGGAGUUACGUCCUCCUCCGAACCCAGGGUUUCCUUCUCUACUUCUUGGCCGGGAUCAAGAAACUAGACCCCGAUUGGCUGUUGGGUUACUCGAUGCAGAACCUCUCCGAGCACUGGGUCUUCUCGGUGUUCAGACCGAUCCUGAGCAACAAAGCCAUCGACUACUUCGUCAUCCACCUGGGAGGCUUCACCCUGGACCUCACCAUCGGCCUGCUCCUCCUGUGCGAGUCCACGAGGAAGGUCGCCCUCGUCUUCGGAUCCGCCUUCCACCUCAUGAACUCGCAGAUAUUUUCUAUAGGUAUGUUCCCUUGGGUGUGCAUAGCGACCCUGCCCAUCUUCUGCAACCUGUCGUGGCCGCGACCUCUCCUGUCGUCGCUCCAGAACCUCCUCCGGCUUCCUCUCAGAACCCUCCGCGACCGGUUCAUAACAGCCGAACAGAACAGCGUCGAGGAACCUCCAGCGGCCGACGACGCCACGACCUCCAGCUGGUCGUCCAUCUCCCGGCAGGAGAAGAUCCGCCUCUACACCUCCAGGAAGGGCGCGAAUGGCACGAGGGAGCAAAGGGCAUCUGGCACGGAGAGGUCGAAUGCUGGGGAGACGAAACUGGGGGAUAAACAGAUGGCGAAGGGGGAAGGGGAGAAUACGGAAGAGAGAGAGAGGAGGGCGAAGGAAGAGGGAGAUAUGUCGAGAACUCUUCAGAGAAAUUCCGCUUGUGUUUAUGAAGACACUGACCAAGAAGUAACUAUGAGGCAAAAGGUGACGAGCGUGUUAAUCGUGGCUUACCUGUGUCUGCAGCUGUUUAUGCCCUUCUCCCAUUUCAUCACCAAGGGAUACAACACCUGGACUGACGGACCUUACGGAUACAGCUGGGACAUGAUGGUUCACUCCUGGGACACUCUGCACGUCAAGAUCACAGUGGUCAAGCAGGACACCGGAAAGAAGUUCUAUAUUGACCCUAAUGUGUACGUGCACAACGGGCGCUGGACCAGCCACGUGGACAUGGCCGUGCAGUAUGGGCGCUGCAUCGAGAGUCGCCUCCGCGCCCACGGCUACGCCAACAUCUCCCUGCACUUCGACGUCUGGAGGUCCCUGAAUGGGCGGUUUCAGCAGCGAGUGUACGACCCUAGUGUGGAUAUUCUCACAGCUCCCUGGUCACCGUGGGAGAAGACGCCGUGGGUGUUGCCGGUGCUGGUCGAGCUGAGUCAAUGGCGUGAUAAAUUGAGAGAACUCCAGGAAGGACAAGUAUCUCCUUAUUCGGACAGGAUAUUUGUAGCGGACUUUCCCGGGAUGAUGCUGGAAAACUUCCUCAGUGAAGAUAUUUCCAACGUAACGAUAGAGGUCCUGCAGGGGGAAGUGCGUGUUCUCGUCCCAGUGGUGGAAGGCGGGACUGCCUCCGUUGACCACCAAGACGACGAGAAAAGGGCGGAAGAGCUAAUACAGAAAGAAGCCUGGAAGGUAGUACAGCUGAACAACACGGCAGAAAUCGUCGAAGACAGUUGUCACCCGAAGAACUUCCUCGCUUUUGGAGAAUGCUUCCCCGACGAUUCGAACGAAGCCAAAGACUUAAAGGUUCGUUCAGUGGUUCUCCGUGAGGGCGAGUCCAUGGCCCUUCCCAGCGGCUCUUUCCACUCCGUCGUCACCACUUCGGCGACGCCCUCCUCCUACAUGUACACCUUCGUGAAUACAACCAUACAGAAGCUAAUCACCGGCAACACCAACACGGAACACUCUGGUGCCCCUAAACCUACGAAAGGCUGCAGCAACCCCAUCACCCAAAAUUAUUUCACACCCACAAGCAAGAAACCCAAGACCGCAUCGGAUUCCAAAGACUGUAAGACUAAACCAGACGAAGCCAAGCCACCCAUCCACACACCUGAUGGAGACAAGAACGUGCAGUCUUACCAGCAUGGGACAGGGGCCAGCGGGAUGGUCUGCAGUGUGCCGACUGUCUUGGAUUUCGUGAAGUUUGUGAGAUUGAAACUUGCCACUUUCUACAGGAGUGUCAGGCUGCUGCGAGACGCCUGCAGGUAUAUUGUUACGGGAAUUCCCAUGGAAGUAGCCAGGUAAUACACCUAUAAGGUUCUCAAAAGCUUUUAAC